UGGACCGAGAGUGGUCGGGAUCUCGGGAUGCUGGACUGCAUAAACGCGGCAACUGUGUUAGCGGUAAUUGACAGCUGCCGAAAAGCAGCAACGGCGGCGGCUGCGAGACUCGCGACGACGCCGAGCGGCGCGCGCGCGCGCGCGGGCGAGCGAACGAGAGAGAGAGAGAGAAAGAGAGAGCGAGCGAGCGCGUGAUAUCACGGGAGAGAGAAAAAUCGCGGCGCGUACGUAGGCGACAUUUCGAACUCGGAAGUGAUAUCUCCGUUCGUCCAUCCGCGCGUCGUCGUCGUCGAGGUCGUUCGGUGGCUACGGAUCGCCCAUCGGAUUGGGUCGUAUCUCGGCGACGCGCGAGAUCCGCUGUGCCGUGCGACAGAGAGACUUCUCUUUAAAGGCCCGGGCGUGUGUUUACAGUUCCGCGCGGCCACGCUUGGCCAUCUCUCGCGUGCUGACGCACGCAUCCAAUUUCCUAAGAAAGAGAGAAAGAGAGAGAAAUAGAAAGAGAGAACAAGGGAGAGGUCUGUCCCUUUCAGCCGCUCUUUCUCGUAUUUUUCAUUCUGACAAAUAGACAAGUGUGCUUGCCUCGUCGCACGGGGAGAGCAGAGAGAAAGCGAGCCUCCAGCUUGCGCCGCGCGAUAAGAGGACCGGUGUUGGAUCUUCGGAUUGCUCGCGGAGUGACUCGAGAUCUCGACGGAGAAGUCGACACGUGGUAACGUUGUUACGUUGCACGAAAACGAUCAGGACCGUGUGUUCGUCGCUGUGAGCUGUAAAAGAAAAGAGCGAGAGAGUAAAUAGAUGAAAGAAAAGCCGUCGAUUACGUUUCAGACAUAAGACUAAAGUAAAUAACGGAACAUCGGUCGUCGUGUGUCCGCCUCAAGUGGGUUUUACGUUUCAACAGUUUCACGGACUCGUGUGACUCGAGACAUAUCGAUCGAAUGGAAAUUGUGCAAGCCACGGGGAAAAGCAACACGACAUUUUAUUCCGACGAUUCCGAGGCGAUCUUUGCAUCACACGGAGGGGAUACUUCUCUCUAGAUUCUGCUGGUGUGCAAAUGACAUCGUGAUCGUUCUCGGUAUGUCGACGUUGAUCCUUUUCGUUUGCUCUUGAUGGAAAAUAUCGCCGUUGACACAAGAGAGGGAAUGAACGAUGCGCUAGUAGAAAAUGCGGCUGAGGGGAACACACCUGUUGUUUCAGACGGCGGCGCGACGAUGUGAGUGAGACGAGAAGAAGAUUCGUCUGGGAAAAGCCCUUCGGCACGGCUCUCGGCUUCGCGAGAGCGUAGUUCGGUUUUCCUCGACCACCCAGAUGUGUGGUCGACUGCGCGAGGAUGUUCGUGCGCUCCUUUCUGUCAACGCGUUGAACGACUUUCGGUUUCCCAGCGGUACUAGCGGCUCUCCGGAGACACCAUGAACCUGGAGCGGCCGACGAUGGACGGCUGCGGGCAACAGCCGCUCUUCUUAGGUAGCACUUCCGGCUGGAGUGGUAUCUCCAGCCCUCAACAGGCAGCCGUGCAGGCUGGUGCACCGUCUGAGCACUACGGUAGACCACUGAGCCUGAGUAUCUGCAUAUCCGAUUCGGGUCACGAGAUACUACGUCCGAAGCCACGACGGCCGAGUGGCGGCAACAGCCGCGAGAUAUACUGUCCUCCUUACUCCAAGGACUUCACCGAGAACUCUCCUAAAAGCGGAGUUCACGAUAUGGUGCAUAUGAUACCGGAAAGGGACACGGACAGCGUGGCACCGACUCCGACGCCGCAGCACCCGCGUCACUCCCAGCAUCAUCAUCUCAGUUUACACGAGCUCCGUGCACUUCAGAGGCGGCCAGAAUGCACCGGCAACAGCUCAUCUGAUGAGAAUCGAUCAUCCGGACACGCGAGUAUGUCAGACACCGGUGGCCACACCAGCAGCAGCUCGCCACCGCAUCGUCACCACAGGUCCCACAGUCCUCAGCAGCUGAACGCCGUGCCCGAGGACGACCGACUCUCGGCGUCAGUUACCCAGAGAAACGGCAAAAGUCGAUCCGGCCAGAGCCGCAACCGGCACCGAGCCACUCCUGCCAAGCUACAAGUACCAUGGUCGGGUUCCGGUCUGGAGGACAUAAAACUGGCGAUUCAGCAGCUGACGAUGCGCUCCCACAAAUCCUCGUCCACGUAUUCCUCGCUGAGCGGCUCGGAAAGCUCGGAGCCGGCGGUGAGGAGGCUGAUGCGACACUCUAGCUUGGAGACGAUCAACACCAAUGUGACCAGCGCUGACGAGUUCGUCUGGGUGGACUCGCACAAUCGUCUGGUCGAGCUGCAGCAGCUACCCUGGACUCAUCACGACGUGCUGCGUGUGCUGCAGAACGGUCGCACGCGGGAGCACAUGGAGCAAGUCUCGAUGGAGACGAUUCCGCGGCUCUCUUAUUUGCUACAACGCGCGCUAGUCAGGAUCGGUCGCGAGACGCAGAGACUGGCGAAGCCCGUGGGUCUCUGCAGCAAGCACGAGGUGUACAGCGCCUUCAAAAUCGUACUCUGCCCGGCGCUGGCGGAUUCUUGCACCAAGGCUUGCCUGCGAGCUGCCGCAAUGUUUGCUGUAUCUGGCGAUCAGCUGAAACAAUCGAAGGCAUCCCGUUCGGGGCUGCAAUUGCCGGUGGGACGUUUCUUACGUUGGAUGUCCGACGUGAGACUUGGGAGAAUGAUACACGAGUACGCGGCGAUAUAUCUGACGGCCGGGAUCGAGAAUCUCCUGGAAGAAAUACUGCUACAAUGUGUGCCGACCGAGCCGCACACGACCCUCACGGCGACGAUGCUGGAGCACGCUAUAGCCAACAGCGGCGACUUAUGGGGCUUGUUGCAGCCGUAUGCGCAUCUCAACGCCGGUCGAACCGCAUCAGGCGCUUUGGCAAUGCCUCGAUGGGCGAGCGUGAGCUCUCUAAACUCGUCGUCGUCGUCGCGCAGCGGGCGAGAUGCGGCGAGCUCGGCUUUGGAACCAUCACUACUUACGACGUGCGUGGGGUCUAUGUCAGAGUUGAUAGAUUUGAUUUCCAAAGUAGCACACGCAGGACGUUGUCCCAUCCCUCUGACAACGAGAGCAUUACACGCUCUGUUUUACUACAUGAGGUGUUCACAGUUGGAACACGGUGAACGCGGCUCUGGAAUACAGGAAUUGGCGUACGAGCGAGCUUACGUGGUGCUGCCACCGUUAGUGGAAUGGCUACGAGUAGCCGCGGCGCACGCGGAGCACAGACACGGUCUCGUCGUGGAUCAAGAUGAUAUUAAUCAAGCUGCCAGAUUACUUUUACCCGGUGUAGACUGCCCUGUUCGUCCAAUAAGCUCCGAAGAGGUCGCAGUGUGCUCAAAACGCAUCGAUGACGCCGAAUACGUUCGCUUGCUGACGAUAGAUAUGGCCUUCAAGAUGUUGACUAGUGGACGAGCAGAUCUUAUCGCCCAGGCGAUGCCAUUGCUGCCUUCGACGAAGAUCAACACGGUAAACGACGUAGGUUUCACAGCUCUGAUGUUGGCGUGCAUCAACGGCGAUGAGUCGGCCGUGACGGCUCUCUUAGACGCCGGGGCGGACUUAAACGUCGAAAGUCCGUCGCCCACGACGAAUGCUCAGUCGUCCAGUACACCUUCAAAGAUUCCUCUGGUAUCUAAUGUGCCAAAUGUCAGAAGCCCGAUCAAUCAGUCGGCAAUGAUGACGCCUAGCAAAGCAGCGCCGAGCGCGAAUCUACCGUCCGGCAGUCCUGGCGGUUCCGUCGGAGCUGUUCCAGGCGGCGGUAUGUGCUACGCGCAAACUGGCUUCAACGCAGAAACGCAACACUGGACCGCGCUGACCUACGCGGCUCUGUUGGGACACUGCAACAUUGCUAGAAUAUUGCUGGAACGAGGUGCCGCAGUAGAAGGCGGCGCGAAGCUCAGCGAGGACAAAUGUACGGUAACGCCGCUGCAAGCGGCCACUGCAUCGGGGAACAAUGAGAUGGUCGCCUUACUGUUGGCACACGGCGCCCAGCCGUUUCUCUCCACUCUCAUCAAGGACUCGUUUUCCUACUCCGGUUCCGCGCAACGCGGUUGUUACAGCGCAAUCUCAGUAGCAACAGCACAUGGCCAGAGAAGCUGCCUUCAUCAACUGCUAUCACAUCCGCUCAAUUUCUCAGCCAAACGAGGAGAAAAAGAGAUAUUGUCUUUGGAGGAGAUACUAGCGGAAGGUAACGCCGGUGCUAAUUCUCAGCAGCAGACCGCAGAAGGAAGAGGAGCUCGUAGAGAAGGCAAGGAACCGGUAUUUAAUAAGGUGCAAACGAAGGCGUUGCAAGAAGCAAUGUAUCAUAGUGCGGAAAGUAAUCAUUUAGAUAUCACGAUGGAACUUCGUGGCCUGAAAAUAGGUUGGACACUGCAUUGUUGGAUGCACAGUCUUGCGACAGCUCACGAAAUGCGACUAGAUUCGGUUAUAGAUCAGCUACUUCAAGAUUUUCUCCAAGUCUGUCCGGAUGAUUAUUCUACGCAAUUCGUGCAGGAAUGUCUGCCGCUUUUAUUCAACAUUUUUAGAUAUAAUAAGAAGGAAGGUACCACACUCUUGCUGGCUGAUAUUUUUUGCACGUGUUUCGGUUGGGAGCCCAUCAAAUCGAUCAGAGACACUACACUAUCGAGCGGAUCAAGAAUCGAUCCGAAAUUCGUGAAUAAUCCCGAAUUGAGCGACGUGCAGUUUAGAGUGGAGGGUCGCGUUUUCUAUGGUCAUAAGAUUGUGCUGGUUACAUCCUCCCCAAGAUUUAGAAAUAUGUUAAGUUCCAAAUUAUGCGAAGGAAAUCCUCCCAUUGUGCAGAUUAACGACAUAAGAUAUCAUAUAUUUCAGAUGGUCAUGGAAUUUCUUUACCACGGUGGUUGCGCCACUUUGGAAGUUAAUCAAAGUGACGUCUUAGAAUUAAUGGCAGCGGCCAAUUUCUUCCAACUCGACGGUUUGCUCAGAUACUGUGAGGCGCAAUGUUCCACAAUGGUGGAUCUCGAUAAUAUUGUUUCCAUGUAUAUUCACGCAAAGGUAUACAACGCCGCGCAGCUCUUAGAGUACUGUCAAGGAUUUUUAUUACAAAACAUGGUGGCCCUUCUCACGUAUGACGAUUCAGUUAAGCGCUUACUGUUCGCAAAGAAGUUACCUAAUCACGAUGUUCUGGCGGGUCUACUGCUCACUCUACAAUCACGAAUAAAAGCCAGACGAUCUCAGCAACAAAACAAGAUCAAAGCAUAGACUCGCUACACGUAGACUUCUACAUCAUACAGUAUGUUUAUUCUAAGACUUUGCGCGCGCGUAUAAAUCUAUCGUUGUAUCAUGAUAAUUUUAAUCAAUGUAACAAUUCUGAGUUGUUAGGAAAACAAAUUUAUAUUUGUACAUUGUAUAUGUUUAAGGUACGAACAUUUUAUAAAGUAUACACGUGCUAUAUCUCUAAGCGAUAAGGAACAAAAAUUAUUAGGCUCACGAGAAUCACUGCCCUUUACAAAGUAAUUUCUGUAAAUAAGAGCGCACGUAUUGUUAGUAUAAAUCUAAAAAAUGUUCUACAAACAUUAAUUUUUCACAUACAUUCGUCGUAGAUAUCUUUUUUCGCUAUUAAAUCAACAUUCUAGCUGUGUUUCAAAAUUAUUGGCAGUUCUGAAAAUCUAUAAUAUAUAUAAUAUGAAUAUUAUAUAGAUAUUAUAUAAUAUAUACUAUAGAUUUUCAACACUGAUAAUAAAUAUUGAAAUGCAACCUCUGAAAUAAGUCUAGAAACACACAUUCAUAUGUAUAUAUUCCACUACAAAGAUAAGUUUUAUACGCUAUGUACAAGCUUUGUAACAAAAGUUUCGUUAUUGCAUAUAAAAAUAAUAAAAUGUUUAAACUGCAACGUUUACAUGAAAUUGUUAACAGUACAUGAAUCGUUUAUUAUGUUGAGACAGAUCUAGAGUUCUAAAACAUUUUAGAUUUUAAUAACAUCUAACGUAUAUCGCUAUUAGCAAUUAUGGUUCUUACCAGUUUUAAAAUAAAUGAUUUGUAGCGCGAAAAUUGUACUAUAAAAGGCGUUCUCGACACUAUUUUUCUACUAGCAUAUAUAGCAUCGAGAUUCGAUAAAAAUAGGUAUCCCUAAUCUUGUAUCGUAUAUUCUUUUUUUAUACUUUUUGACGUAAUUUUAUAUUAAUCAUAUGAUACGUAUGGGGUAUAAAAAAAUUUUAUUUGGAAAGAACAGAACAUAAUUUUUAAUGUCUAAUAUUAAUUUAGCACAUAUAAAUCAACAACAGAUACAUAAUAAAGCUAUUAUCAUUGACAUCAAGUGCAGGUAUUGAUAUCAAUGCCAUCGUAUUAUUUAUUUAAGUGAUGUUAAUGAUUAGUUGUAUAUACAAUAUUCAGGUUAUAACCUUAAUUAUAUGUUGGAUUUUUAGCAUCCGGAAUGCCUAAAAUAAUCAUGUAAGAAUCGAAUAGUUGUAAGAAAAUGGCUGUCUCAAUCGAGUAAAUUUGUCCUCCAUCUCAUACCUACUAAUAUAUAAUCUUAAAUAAGCGUCGUCUCUUUAAUUAUGAAGUUUAUUCAUAAUUAUGAAGAAGCAUUGUGAUUAAUUAAACUCGCGAUAAUAUCCCAAAUCUUAAAGAAAAGAUCCAGACAUUAAGACAAUUGUUAUUUCAUACUGAUGCAACAUAUAUGACAGCUGUCUCGUGUAAUUUAUUGAAAUACAUAAAAAAUAUAGUACGAAAA